AAUCAGUAUGUAUCAUAGUUAAAGCGGAAACGAAGCUACACAGCCUGGAAGUAGAACUUGACGAAGACGAAAGCCGAAGGAUUUCUCUAAAGAAUAUUGCACAGUGCACCUCAACAAAAUGGGCCGCAGCAAAGCAAGUAGUGGUGCUACAGCUUCUCCAGGACCCUCCACUGAAAGUAAUAGUAACUCGAUGGCAUCAGCUGAAGUUAAAAUUCGAGAACUGCUGAAAGAAUUAUUUAAAUUAAUUCAUUCUGUGCAGGAAGAACGAGCUCGAGGUGAACACAAUUUAUCAAACAUAUCUAAGACACAUGAAAGAAUGCAACAGGAACAAAGGAUCACACCAUAUUAUAAGAACAAAUUAAGAGGAUUAUAUAAUACUGCCAUGCAAGAUGCAGAAGCUGAAGCGGAACUUCUGAGAAAAGCUCUGGAUAAAAUAAGUGAUAUUAAAUCUAUUCGUGAAAAUAGAAGGCAGGAUUCUGAUCGACCCAAACAAAUAAUGAGACGUGGGGUACUAAUGUCGAUGUUACAACAGAAUGCUGUUACUUUACCAUUGUGGGUCAGCAAACCUGGGGAAAAACCUCCUCCUCUGUGUGGGGCUGUAUCAGCAGAUAAUACUUAUGUGGCAAAAACUGGUGAUAAGGUAGCGGCCCGUGUUAAAAGUCAAGAUGGAGAAGAAAACUGGAUUUUAGCAGAAGUAGUUUCUUUUAAUUCUAAUUCCAAUAAAUAUGAGGUUGAUGAUAUUGAUGCUGAAGAGGGAAAGGAACGCCAUUCAAUCAGUAAAAGAAGAGUAGUCCCCCUUCCAAUUUGGAAGGCUAAUCCAGAGACAGAUCCAGAGGCAUUGUUUUCAAAAGGAACAUUGAUGUUAUCAUUAUAUCCACAAACAACUUGUUUUUAUCGUGCAAUUGUCGAUGAACCACCAAAAGGCCCCCAAGAUGAUUAUUCAGUGUUGUUUGAAGAUACGUCAUAUGCAGACGGCUAUUCUCCGCCACUGAUGGUUGCUCAAAGAUAUGUUAUAGCGUGUAAAGACGACAAGAAAAAGUGACAGUAUUAUCAUUUUGUUCUAAAAAUGUGUGUAUUGUUCUCAGCGGGAGAAACUUCAAAUGGGCCAUUAAACUUCUAUAAACGAAUUGGGCCACAAGUGUCAUCAUUAUAACACAGUUUAUGAAAGACCAGCAAAAAAGUGCUUAAUUUUUUUCGUGUUUCUAUUGAAAAAUUGUCUAAUGUAAGAAUGUCUUGAGGGAGGAAUCUGUGAUAGGGUUAUAUGUUUAUGUUGAAUUCUAAUUUGCCAUCAACAUCUAUGUGCUAUGGAUUGUGAAAAGUUAUGGAGACAUGGAGAAAAAAGACAGGCAGAAAUUUCUAUAGAUAUUUUCUUGUGAUUGUGGAAUGAGAAAUUUUAAAGUUGUGAAAUUUGUCAGCUGAUAAUAAUAUAAAUGUGCAACUGGUGAAAGGAAGAAGAUGGUCGGUUAUUCACAGAGCUUGUGUUGUUUAUUCUGUAUUUGGUCUUGCCAGGUGACACAGAUUCAAAAGUCAAGUCUUUGAAGUAUCUGCUCUUAUUGUUUUGAUAAUCAUUAUGAUGUUCAAAUUAACAAACAAUAUUGUAACAAGUUAAAGGGGCAUUAUGGGAGAUUAGACAAAGAGUUGACUGUUCUUGCUAUAAUAGUUCAAAAAUAGAAUAUGCUCCACUCUGAACCGAGAUAUUAGCUUUUGAAUUUUAGACUAGCCUCAAUCAUCAUUACUAAAGUCAGUACGAUAGAAAACAAAGUCUUGAUUAUCAAUUUUUACGUUUAAUUAUUUUUUUAAAAAUAUCGCAAGCUAGCGAUGGCAUCGAGUGUUGAUUAUCGUCUGGAUAAGUUAAUUAAUGUCUAAUUAGUAAUUUAGAUAACAUUUCAGGCCUAAAGAAAGACCUGCAAUAGACAUAUUUAGCUCUUGCAUAAUAUAUGUUUAAACAUACUAGGCUGAAUUGCAUACAAAUUACAUGGGCUAGCUUUAAAUCUGACUAGAGAUUUAGGCAACAGAGUGAGUGGCACACCCUAAAAUGUUGAUGCAUUAAUUCAACCAUAGAAAGAUAAUUAUAAUGUCCUGACAGACUGUGGUGACACAUUAUUACCAUUGCUGUGCUCAGAUAACUUACCCUAAUGAAGGCUAUAAAAUGAAAGUAUGAUGGAAAAGGAAGGACAAUAAUGAAUAAAGCUGCAUUUCCUUUAGUACGGAUCCUGUCCGGCUCCGGUCCGGGAGUAGACAUAGCACAUGGCAGGUUGUGUAUCCUUAUAUGCGGUUAUUCAAGCAGAAGGGCCCUCUUUUCAACAUGGCACCGACAUUGUCAAGGUUCGUAAAAGAAGAAAAAACCUAUUUUUAGCUUUUUCCCGUGCGGGCUACCCAAACUGUGUUUACUUAUGUGCGUUUACGGACACGGUUCCGCAAGCGUUUCCGUACCGAACGCUACAUGGUCCGUUUCGAAAAACCGUACCGGACGCUGCAUACAGAACCGUAUCCGCACCUGCACAUAAGGAAACACUAUUACUAAAAUUCUAUGAAAGUGUUUUUUUCUGUAUCCGCAACCGGACCGGAGCCGUACUAAAGGAAAUGCAGCUUUAGGCUAGCAAAGAGAUUUCCUUACUCCAAUGGGAAAUAUACAAACUUUUAUUCUUUAAAAUGUAUUUACAUGUACGUUUGGUUUAACCUGUUUAUACUCCCAACAUCAAAAUAUCUGUAUUGAAAUAUAAUGAAAUGGGGUUUAACGAAAUUGAAGUAUAAGAAGACUGUGAAGACCAGGAUACAUGUAUGUAAAUUUUUUAAAUGAAUGUGUAUAAUGCAGGGGAAGUCUUUUUCUUAAAAUUUCAAGUAAUAUUGAUGAUGACAUAGGGAAUAUACUUUUAACAUACAUGUUCAUGUACCAUUUAAUAGUUUGGUUGAAUUUAUAUGUGUAUAUUUUCUGUAUUGACAAACUUAAGAAUUGGUUUAUAAAUUGAGAUAUUGCUAAACAAAUACAUGUACAUGUAGUCAUAUUGGAUGUAAAUUCCUGUUGUAUUUAGAAAUAUUUUGGAAAGCCUAGAAAUUGCCAUUAUUCAUUGCUAUCAAUUUAUAAUAUAAAAUGUUUAUAACAUGGUUGACUGUACUAUGUAACAUCACAAAAAUCAUGAAUAAAAAUUGUCUAUUUCA